AUGGAAGAGGGGGAGACUUUAAAGACUUACUCUAAUAGAUAUUGGGAAAUGUUUAAUGAAAUAGAUGGAGACUUUGAGGAUGUGGCUAUAAGAACCUUUAAGGUCGGCCUUCCUGCUGAGCACGAAUUAAGGAAGUCUUUGACGAAGAAACCGGCACAAAAUAUGUGUCAGCUCAUGGAUCAGAUUGAUGAACACAAACGGGUCGAGGACAAUCAGCAGCAGGGCAAGGGAAAGGCCAAAGUAAUUCCCCUUGACCGAAGAGACUUUAGGUUUGAGAGGUACAAUAAUAACCGACCUCGAAGAGACUUUUCUGGACAUGCUGGCCUUCCUGCUGCUCAGGUGGUUAGCACCAUAUUCAAAGAGCCUGUGCACCAAAUUCUUGAGAAGAUAAAGGUCGAGUCAUACUUCAAGUGGCCAAACAAAAUAGGGGGGCUGGUUAAGGUUGAGAAAUUGGGACAAUUUUUGCACCAACCUCUAGGACAGGGGAAUCAUAUUGAGACAGUAUACAGAAGGGAAUCUUCCUUAAGACCACCACUGGGAACCACCAGUGUUAUUCUAGCAGUCCUAGGCCAGAUCGAAGCGUGUUCUCAUGGACCACAUGAUGAUACCUUAGUGGUUACUCUUCAUAUAGAAGGGUAUGAUGUAAGGAGGGUCUUGGUGGAUCAGGGUAGUAGUGCAGAGAUUAUGUAUCCUGAUAUGUACAAGAGACUUAAUUUGAAACCUGAGAAUUUAGUUAGCUAUGACUCCCCUUUAGUUGGGUUUGAUAGGAAGACUGUUAUACCAAAAGGAUUAAUCAAGCUGCCUGUUCAAGCGAGGUCAGAGGUGGUGGAUGCGAACUUCAUUGUGGUGGAUGCUUACUUACCAUAUAUUGCCAUCUUAGCAAGGCCAUGGCUUCAUACUAUGGGAGCUGUUUCCUCAUCUUUGCACUUAAAAGUGAAGUAUCCCUUUGGGGACCAUGUUGAAGAGCUAGUCGGAAGCCAAGCCAUGGCAAGGUAG